AUGACUUGGUCUUUGAAGAAGAUUUUGAAACUAAAAAACAGCCUUGAUUUGAUCUUUCAUAUUCGUCUUGGAGAUUGGCGUGACACUCUCUUUUGGCAUGACCCUUGGUUCGAAAACCGACCGUUGAUCAUUAAAGAGGAAUUCCUAGGAUUGAAAAUUAGAAAGGAUUGUGCGGCUUCCACGGUUUGCGAUAUUGUUGUUGGGCUUUGGGCUUCAAUUAUUAGACGGGUUCCAGAAGGAAGACGAGUAUUAGAUUAUUUGAGUAGUAUCCGUCUAAGUGAUAGGGCUGAUGUUCACUCUUGGGUAGAUGAGGAGGAUGGUAAAUUGAAGUCGAGAAUGGUUUGGAAUGCUAUAAGAGAAAGAUGUCAAAUUGUCGAUUGGGCUGCUCUCGUUUGGUCUUCAAAGGUUAUUUCGAGGCAUUAUUUCAUCCUUUGGUUGGCUUUCCGUGGUAGACUUAGUACCCGUGAUCAUAUUCUUGCUUAUAUGGAUAUUACAGACGCCAAUUGUGUUCUUUGUAGUGGUUUGCGGAGUCUAUUGAUCAUCUUUUGGGUGGCUGUUUUUUUGCUAAGUCUAUUUGGAAUCUUUUCACUUUAG